AUGGUUCAAUUUGACAAUUAUCUGGCUGAUAAAGUUAUAAGAUUUGGUGAAGAUUUACACUGGCCCGAGCUCCAUGAUAUUAUGCCCCGUGAAAAUGACUCUGUAGAUAGUGAAACUAAUACAGGAUCUGCAAAACAUCAUAGCCAAAAUCUUAUAAAUAAUCCUCAUAGUGGCUUGUCUCUUCAGCAAUUAACAAGAAAUGAUGCUAUCUCUUGGGUAAAUUUAUAUGCUCUCCACCUUACAGAAAUAGAAGUGGAUUUUGAUGACUUACUCAGUCUCGCACUGGAUAACUUGCCUAACAAUAACAAUCAGAUUAUGCACCUAGCAGAAAUGGGCCCGAACACUGUCAAUUAUAAUUUUAAUCUCGAUCUGAAAACACGUCAUAUGGACCAGAACUAUGAGUGGACUGUUAGUGGCAAGCACUAUGCAAAUAUUGAUGUAGCAAACUUUGUACAACAUGCCUCGAUUGAAGAUAGAGCUGGAACUGAAAAGUCAUACUUAAUUAAAAUAAUCUGUGAUCAACUUAAUAACAUUGCAAUAAAACGUAAUUCUAAAUCACCUAUACUUAUACUUGCCCCAACAGGAGUUGCUACCUAUAAUAUAAAUGGUAUUACUAUUCACUCAGCACUCUCUAUUCCAAUUUUCAGAAUGUGUCUUGAUAUAAACAGAGAAAAACUAAAACAGCUACAAAAGAGGCUUCAAAAUAUUAAUUAUAUAAUAAUUGAUGAAAUGAGUAUGGUAGACCACAGAAUGCUUGCUAUAAUAGAUGUGCGACUAUGCCAGGCCUUCUCAGAAUAUAAAAAUAUACCAUUUGGUAGCAGAUUG